GAGAUUGAGGGCACAGACACCCAUGGGAGACUUCUUUCUUCCAUGGGGUUGAAAAUCACCUCACGUCCGCAGUCGGUGACCGGGCACCCCUGCUCUGGGGCCAGCCCGGGACUGUGCCGCAGGUAGGCCCUGCUUCUGCGCUUGUCUCGCACCCCUUCUCUGGGGGAAUGGCGUUGUCCGGGUCAACCCCCGCCCCGAGCUGGGAAGAGGAUGAGUGCCUGGACUACUACGGGAUGCUGUCGCUUCACCGGAUGUUCGAGGUGGUGGGCGGGCAGCUGACUGAGUGCGAGCUGGAGCUCCUGGCCUUCCUGCUGGAUGAGGCUCCCGGGGCUGCUGGCGGCCUGGCCCGUGCCCGCAGCGGCCUGGAGCUGCUCCUGGAGUUGGAGCGUCGCGGGCAAUGCGAUGAGAGCAACCUGCGCCUGCUGGGGCAACUGCUGCGCGUUCUGGCCCGCCAUGACCUGCUACCGCACCUGGCACGCAAGCGGCGCCGACCAGUGUCUCCGGAACGCUACAGCUACGGCACCUCCAGCUCUUCCUCCAAGAGGACGGAGGGCGGCUGCCGACGCCGCCGGCCGUCCAGCAGCUCCUCGGAUUCUCAGCAGGGUCAGUGGGAGACAGGUUCGCCCCCCACCAAGCGGCAGCGACGGAGUAGGGGCCGGCCCAGUGGUGGUGCCCGACGGCGACGGAGAGGGACCCCUGCUGCCCCCCAGCAGCAGCAGCAACAGCAACAGCAGCAGGAGCCUGCCAGACCCUCCUCAGAAGGCAAAGUGACCUGUGACAUUCGGCUCCGGGUUCGAGCAGAGUACUGUGAGCAUGGGCCCGCCUUGGAGCAGGGCGUGGCGUCCCGGCGGCCCCAGGCCCUGGCAAGGCAGCUGGAUGUGUUUGGGCAAGCCACUGCAGUGCUACGCUCACGGGACCUGGGCUCCGUGGUGUGUGACAUCAAGUUCUCAGAGCUCUCCUACCUGGACGCCUUCUGGGGCGACUACCUGAGUGGUGCCCUGCUGCAGGCCCUGCGGGGCGUGUUCCUGACUGAGGCCCUGCGUGAGGCCGUGGGCCGCGAGGCGGUCCGCCUGCUGGUCAGUGUGGAUGAAGCUGACUAUGAGGCUGGCCGGCGCCGCCUGUUGCUGAUGGAGGAGGAAGGUGGCCGGCGCCCAGCAGAGGCCUCCUGAUCCUGGAUCUGACAGGACUGACCCCACUGAGUCUGCAGGCGUCUGAGUCUCCCCGGAAGACGGCCAUCUCUGCCCCUAGAGGACUGUCCGCCUCGCAGCUCCGAGGACUGUGACAGGAUGGUGGCUCAGUGCCUGCUCCUCUUUGUCCAGGAUGUGGGCUCUGAGGCCUAAACCACUUCCGCCUGAGUCCCCCCACCCCCAGGUGUGUCCCUCAGCCUCUGGAGAGUGGGGCUCAGGCCUGUAGAUCCCAGAAGGAGGGGGGUGGAGCUGUACCUUCCUAGAAGGCCCCUGUGUAUGGCGUGUCUGACUACAGGCUGUCUGUAACUGUGCACAUACAUACACAUGCACUCAACACUUCAUACCCUGCUCCCUCUAGAAUCUUCCCUUAUUUGGCCCACGGGCUUUUGUCUCAGGAUCUCUGAUUGUACCACCUCCAACCUGGGCUUCAGCUAAAACCAGUGGGUACAUGUGGCACCUACUCACCUUGCCCACAUAUCUCAGCCUGUCGGGGUUCUGCCAAUGCCCCACACAGACAUGACUAUUGUCACCACCUCCCUACACUUCCCUGCCCCCUAGAACUGGACACAGGCUUCUAGCACCCUCAAGAGUGCCACACAGGGUGCUGUGGCAUUAGCAACAGCAUGGACUUGAUGGGCCUGCUGUGGCCUAGAGGGCCAUGAUCAGAAAACACCUCUAUCUCAGAAAGGGAAGGUGGAGGAGGCCUGGGAGCUGCUGGGAAAGAUGGUUGACAAAUGACACCAAUAAAGCUGCCCUAGAGGGGGUAUCAGUGAGCAUCAAA